GUGAUCAUUCUGAUCGGUAACAAGGCCGAUCUGGAGGCUCAGAGAGACGUGACGUACGAGGAGGCCAAACAGUUUGCUGAAGAGAACGGUUUGCUGUUUCUAGAGGCCAGCGCUAAGACAGGGGAGAAUGUGGAAGAAGCCUUCCUGGAGGCGGCGAAGAGGAUUUACCAGAACAUCCAAGAUGGCAGUCUGGACCUGAAUGCUGCCGAGUCGGGAGUCCAGCACAAACCUUCUGCGCCGCAGGGAGGCCGCCUCAACGCCGACAGCCAGCCGCCCAAAGAAGGUUGCAGCUGCUAACCCCAGAGAGAAACUACAGACCCAUCAAACGGACGGACGGACAGAGACAGAGACACGGAGGUCCCCCUCUCCACCGGGCACCGACAUCUUCUACCCAGAUUGUGUCAGACAGGAUUUAUCUGGGUUACAUUUAACAAAGCAGCCCGACCACCUGUUGUCCAGACCUCAUUUCAGAACCCAAAACAAGAUUCAACCAUCCUCCACACAAUAAAUCAGGGAUCCAGAACUAUCCACCUCUGGAUCAGUGUUGGACCCUCAGCAUUAAUCCCAACCACUCUUGGUCCACACCUGGAUCACGCUGGGUCUCAUUCCAGCUCACUCACUAGGCCACAAUCCAGUCUUUCUUCAGCCCACUCUCAGGCACGCAUGGGCCAAAACCAAGGCCAAUCUGGACUAUUCGAAGCCCAGAAUAGAACAGUGAUCCACCCAGCACCAGAAACCACUUUUCCAAGAUUAAAAUCCCCUUCCGACUCUGGAACGCUGUUGGCCCAACUCAAGGUCAGCGCCGAGGAGCGAUCCAGAGCCUGUGCUUUAGCUGGACCAUCCCUAGUCCAGAUUUAGACUUCCUUCAGCCCACAUCCAGACACGCUUGGUUCUAACCCCAGAACCUGACAACUCUCUUCCUCUAGACCGGACUAACCCCCACCCCAGACCUUGUUUCUUCCAAGUCUACAACGCUCUUGGUCCAGCUCAAGCAAGAGUUGAAAAUGGGAACUCCCUCAUCCAUGUUGCAAAACAUCAAAAGACAAAUGAAGAUAUGAGGAUCAAAUUUGGACCAAACCAAAAAGGGGUCGCCUUUCCUCUGAAUCCAGAUAUUGCAAUGGACAGAUCCAGAGCCGAUGCUUCAGGUGGAACAUCUGGGGUCCAAGUCGAGCCUUCGGGUCACAUCCAGGCACGGUUGACCUCAAGGUACACGAAGAUCUCCAGACAACCUCCAGAGUCUGAAGCCCCAUUGGCUCUCUGUGAAUCAUGUGUAGUCCAAACUUGGUCCGUCCCUCAAAUUUGGACUCCCCUUGUCCAGAGAAACCAAUGAAGAUACAAGCUUCAAAUUCUGAAAUCCACAUCCUUGGCUCAAGUCGGACUGCUCUCGGUCCAAAUCGAGGACCACCAAAAUCUUAAAAUCUAGACCUCAGGGUCAAAUUCAGCUAUAAUCUGAUCUGAUACAAAUCCAGAUCCUAACAUCCAGUUCUGACAUUCACUCUUCGAAGAACUUUAGGAUUUAUAUUCGUACUUAUGUCCUAUACGUGUGUGAUAGCCCAUCAAAAUCAUCAUCAUCAUAAAAUCUAACGGGGAGUGACCGGGACAUCUGGACUCGCCUCCGGGAAUCUUUCUUCCUCUGCUCGAGUUCAAGCUCCUCAUCUCUCUUGUUCCUCAUCCGGGAGUUUCCAAACGACGCUCUCCAACAGAACUGGCUUCGAGCUGUCGGUCCAUUAGAUCAAUGUGGACUUUGUCGCAUUUACACCAUGUGGUUAAUAUGAAUCAGAAGAUAAUCGUUGUUGAUGUGGACCAGAGAAACUGUUGUUCUUGUGAGCAACUUGAUUUUGGUUAAAGGGGCGCUCCACUGAUUUAACAAAUAACUGAGUUUGUAAGACGGGGACAUUCACAUCUACUGAAAGACGCUAUUGCUUUAUGUAAAUUGUCGGAUCGAGGGAUUUGGAUUUGAACCCGUAUUAGUUACUAAAAGUCAGGAUAUCUCCGCCUUUGCUGCUUCAGUUUUCAGUCUCUUGUAAGUAACUAAACAAUGUAGUUUGCAUGACGUUUAAAUGAUUGGAGUUCCCCUUCAAUCCGAGCUGGAAGGAGGGAAAAACAUCGGAAAAUGACGAAAGAAAAGAUCUAGUACACAUAGACCCACAUGUAAACACGUUUAUACAUGAAAAGCAUUAAUACACACGUUACAGGUCUUUAUACGGGGUUUCCAGCGGGUUUCAGCAGGUUCGACCUUUUUAAGAUCUUUAUGAAUCCGAUUUUAAAAACUAUUUUACUGGCAAACAAAAAGUACGAACGAUAUGAAACCAGUAUUGGUUCCAUGUCGGCUUUGUUUAGUAGUUACAGCAUGAUCAAUACAAAAUCUCCCUAAACGAUACAUUAACUUAACUUCAUUGAUCUAAUAAAUUUUUGCAGAUACUUUUACACAAAUCCAAGAUCAACAGUUCGUAAAGUAUCUGAGGACACAAAGCUCAAUUUAAAGGACCAGUGUGCAGCAUUUUAGUGACAUCUAGUGGUGAAGUUGCAGAUUGCAACCAUUUGAAUACUACUCACCUUUCAAACGACUCCGCCAGAAGAGGAUCUGUAGAUAAAAACAGUAAUUAGAUUGAUCACACAUGAAUGAAAACAUACCUAUAGAUAUUACAUUAUAGUAAUGUUACACACUGGAGCUUUAAACUGACUUUGGUCCCGGGUCAGUAACCAAAUCCACCGUCACUGCGUCUGCACACUUUGCCUUUCGAAAACAUUUUAACUAAAUAACUUUGUCCAAAGCGACUGAUUGAUUACUGAUCACUCUGUGGAGAGGUAAAGCGACUGAUUGAUUGAUUAUUGAUCACUCUGUGGAGAGGUAAAGCGAUUGAUUGAUGAAGGUCACGAUGAAGAAAGAAAAUGACUUACCUGAACCAGAAUGUCACUACUGGUCCCCUCAGUGGAUCACAAGUUCAGGAUAGAUUUUUAUUACAUUUUUCUUGUUAUUGUUGAUUUUUUUUUUUUUUUCUAACGUGUUUCCAAAUAUAUAUACAGUAUAUUUCCAAUGUCACAGCUCCCCCUAGUGGCCAUUUCUCGGGUCCCUCCCGGUUUAGUGCGUGUUGAGGGGAAGAAAAAUGGCACCAGUGGAAGCAACGCAGAUUCUUUUAAUUUAUUACUGCCUGUUUUUGUUUUGUUUGUUUUGUUUUCUUUUUAAUGUUAGGCCGAGAUUACACUUUACUUGAAUGUGUUACUCUGGUGUCUGGUUCAUUCCUAAGCCCCGCCCCUUUUUGUUCUGUGCUCCAAUAACAGUUGAGAAAGCCGCGACCAACUUCCUCCUGUACUGAAGAUGGUUAAAAGAUAAGAAACAUCUAUAUAGUCACAUCUUAAGUCGGGAUUGAUGUAAAUUAGCAAGGGUUGUUCUCUGUAGCACACUGAAGUUAACUAGUUAAAGAUUUAUGUAGAUGAGUUAGUUAGCAGUGAGUUAGUUAGCAUCCUCAGGUACUCAACUGUUAUUGGACCACAGAGCAGAAAGGGGCGGGGCUUAGGAAGGGUCAGGUGUGAGUGAAGGUGUCACACGUCUUACGUCCUCGUAGUUCACGUAGAAACUGAACUGAAUAUCGCUUAGCUCUGCGUUACGAGACAAAUUAUUACGCUCGAUAUCUUAAAGAAACAGAACUUUUUGCCUUCCAAUCAAACGUCAGACUCUGGUGAUCCGGUCCAACUCAAAAUGUCCCCGAGCCUUGAUAUCCUGAAGUGCUUUAACAUUUCCUCCACUGUCACUGUUAAUCAUCAGCUAAAAGUAAUUCAUGUGUGUGACCUCGGCGCUACAUGAACCAGCUCUGCCAGUCGAACAGGAUCCGUCAGUAAAUUUAAUUCCUUAAGAAGCAUUCCAGCACGAAACAGGAAGACCGACAGUGUAAACUUUAUUUAAGCAUAUUUUAAAGCUGUAUUAACUUUGUGGUCACUAGAGGAGAAAGGAAAAAAACCAAAACAAGCUAACGGAUGCGCACAAAGUAUAAAAUGUAAUAUUUCAUUUGAUUCAGUGUUUUAAAAGAAAUUAUUACCGCAGAUAUUCUACGAUUCUGCUCUUUCUCUGAUGGAUUACCGUCAGAUUUACACUAAAUUAAUCAGCUCGAGCUUCCCGUUCGUGUUCAGGGUCUCAAACAUUCAGUGAUACUUUCACAUAAACUUCACUACCAAGAGGGAGAUUUUUAAAAACCCUGAGAAAUGUUUCCCCCUCGAGGUCCAGAUGAGUCCCAGAAGCAACAAAUGUCACCAACAAACUGUUCGAUGAAUCAAAAUAUAAAUUAUUACACGAGUGAUAAAAGUAGUGACGUAAAAAUGAAUCAGUCAGCAGUUUAAUCUUUUAUCUGCAUUAAAGUUUCUGUGUUUAUAAAAAUGGGAGAGCGCAAAGUAAGAAAUAUAUGAAUAUCCAGUAAAAUGUAAAUGUUCUGUGUUUCAGUGUGGAAAAAGUACAAUUCAGAAUUAUAAAGGUUCACAAUAAUGAGAUAUUAAUUCACCAAUAAUCAUGAUUUAAAAUCAACCAUUAGUAUUUUUUGUUUAAGAUGAUAAUUUGAAUGUUUUAAUGUCAUAAAGUCUUAAUUUUACUGUCGUUCAUUGUAGUUUGUGACGGCCUAGAUGUUUCUCAGUGACAUUUGUCUCCUCUGGGACUCCGUACUGUUGCUGUGAUUGUGUUUGACGCCCCCCGUCCUCUGUGAUACCGCGGUUCAGAUUCCCGAUCCCGUGUACAUAUCCAGUCCGAGGACUCCUGGACCACGUUUACCUGCGUGUCCACAUCUGUCUGAACGGGGAGUGACCGGUGUGAUUUUACUCUUCGCUGUCCUCUGAUUGGUCGACAGCAGCCGCCUUCUUCUACUGUGACGCUUGAUUUCUGAAUGAAGCCCCUCCCUCACUGUAAAUCUCAACACAUCGGACUCACAGUCUCAUCUUAAUAACCUGCACGCUGCGUUCGCUAGGGGGCAAGAAGUCAGUUUAAUUUCCUCGUUGAUGCUUGUGUGUUUUUAAAACUUUACUCUGGAAGAUUUUAACAAGUUUCCAGAAACCAAAGGGUCACAAAACGACUAAUUCACAGAAAAACCUUCACGUUGUGACCGCCGCCUUAAGCUUCUCUCGCCAAAGGAAAGCAAAAUAUUCAAAAAGUGAUUAAAACGUGGCAGGAGAGCGAGCAGUGCCAGGACUGAAGGCGGCAAAAUCUGUCGGUUUAAAGAUGCUCUCGCUGAUUUUAACAACUUUACUCAAUUAUUCAGUCCCUCCAGGAAGUUUCAAAUAACGUGAACUCAACAAAUCCCUGUGAAUUCUGAGCAACUUUGACCAAUUACAUUGAGCCAGACGUCACCAUCAUACGUGUUUGUUGCAAUUCUCACAAAAAUCACAACUAUUUAGGCAAUUUUUCACUUUUUCACACAGUUUAAAUGCAAAAAAAUGGCUUAUUAAUAUCACAGUUUUUGUAGAGAAGCUGCCAUAAAAUCUGGUAUUUUCGGCCGCAACAAUCUGCCGUAAACAUCGCGUGUAAUCCUGGAGGGACUGAGCGAUCAAUGACCUGGAACAUCUUCAAAUAGACUGAAAUUGUAGAAAACAGCUGUGCACUGAGGUUUUAAAUUAUUCAGUAUGUUUGUAGCAUUUCAAACCCUGAUAUUGAUCGGCCAGACGGAGGCGCUGUAAUCAGUUUGACCCCCCGCCCGCUGGCUGGAACAUAACUGUACAUUUAUUUUCUUUCUGUAACGUCUGUUGAUUUUCUGUCUGCUAAAGUAACAAACAUGCUUUUUAUGAUUCUUUGACUAUUUAUAUUCUAAAUCUGUGUUGAUUUUCUUCAGCUGUACGUUGUCAUUGUACAACCACGGGGGAUUCAGUUCUUUGUAAAUAAAGUAUAUAUACUGUAUAUAC